GCAGAGAAAGGAAUCCGCUCUAGAUUCUUUUAAAUAUUUUUGGCACCUUUUGUGUUCUACCCGUUGUGGCUGACAGCUGUUUUUCUUUUUGAAGGUUCUGAGAACAACGUUUGCUGAGAGGACACACAGGCAAAAAAAAAAAGGGGAGAGCAAAAACCUUCUGUGUGCUGAAGGAACAACUUCCCUGUUGCUACACAGAGCCAGCGCCUCACCUCCGCGCAGCUCUUCUUCCUCUUCCCUCCCGCGUGCGUCAGUUUCGUUCGUGCCCUGCGACGCCCGUUGCUUAUCGCGCACUUACCGCUUAUCGCUUACCGCCUCCGUUCCAUCUUUGCUUUUUUCUUUUGUGUAUUCAGCUAAGACGCAAGGUGGGCACUUUGGCACAAGGUGAGAACUCCUCCUACGUGCACCGCUGCGUUGCUGCCACCGUCAGCGAGCGCGAGGAAACGAAAUCCGCCCCUCCCACACACACACACACACUUUGUUUCGAUUGUGGAGAAGCGAAACGCGUACUCUCUUGCUUUCUUAUUUCUGUUUUCCUUUGUGAAUAUCUUCUUCAAAAAGAAAUCUCUUCUACUGUGAUUUGCUUUCUUACACGUGCUACACACACACACACACACACACACACACCUUUCCGUGCGCUGCUCUUUAGCACGUCUGCGGUGGCAUUGGGCGUUGUGGGGAUAUAUCACUCUGUUGUACAUCACGUGGGCCUCCCCCCGGCUGCCUUGUUGUUUCUCUUCUGGUUCUUCAGCCGUCCAUCCGUAACGUGACGACGGAGCUGCGCGGCGUCGUGUCUUCUGCCUUUUUUCAUGAGGGAGAGAUACAGUUCAACGUUCCUUCACCUCAGCGCAACUGCGACUACUGCUGGCGUACAUCUAUCUAUAUAUAUAUAUAUACAUAUAACAAUAUAAUCUUCUAUAACGGCUUUUCCCACCGCCCGAGGCACCGAGGUGGCGGAGACGAAUCCAUUGGCUCGCGAUGAGCAGGAGGUGCUCUCCCCACUCGACCGCCUCUCCCCCAGCUGCAGUCCUACGCUCACCUCCCCUGCCACAACGGACGAUCGCGCACACGUGAAACUGGUGACGCUGCACCUCUCCUCCAACCUUCGUCAGUGCCUCUCGCGAAAGGCGGCUGCUCGCGGCGCCGGAGGAGUCAGCAACGAUCACAACCACAGUAUGAGCGACAGCAAUAGCAGCAACAACCUGCACAACGACGCCGCCAUCGGGUCCGGCAAAGACGAGGACGGCAGCGGCGACGUGGCCGCCGACAGCAGCUGCAGCACCAUCACCUCUCCGCAGUUCCGCCGCAACAACCCCUACGCCACGUCACCGGCGCAGUCGCUGCACUUAGACGACGGCGGCGCCGCCCCCUUCAUGACCAACGUGCCCUCCGCCGCGUCCGGCGGCGUUCGCUCCCCGCCGCCAGUCAACGUUGUCCUGCACACGAGCAGCACGGUGGUGAGCCGCACGACAUCGAUGGUGAAGGGCGGCGACGCGCGGAUCAGCCGAACCACCUCGAUGAAGACGAGCGAUAACUCGCUGCUCUACUCGCCGCAGCUACCCCAUUGCGGGUCGUCGCUGCCCGGCAGCGAGGAGGUGAGCCGUACCACAUCGAUGAGCAAGCGGAACACGUCGAUGGUGUUCUCCAUGCAGCCCCUGCGCUUUACGCUGUCGCAGCCGGGGAGCACGCGCGUCAGUCGCACCACCUCCAUGGUGAAGGGUGGAAACCCGAGCACCGACUCCGUUCCCACGCUCUCCCCGCCGCUGAGCUUACCCCCGCCACAGCAGCCACAGCCACAGCAGCCGCAACAGCCGCAGGGGACGGCGAUGUCCCCGCUGCUUGACAUCUCCCCCCACAGCGCGCAACUCAGCUCCUUUUCUCACAGCACCUUCUCGAUGCGGGACACGGACGCCAGCACGAUGAGCACCCGCCGCCCCGGCAGUGGGGGCCAGUUUUGCGACGUAGACGGUGGCGCCGGCGGAGAUGGAGGCGGGGGCGUGGUGGGCGGCGCGAUGAGCUCCCCAGCCUUAUUGCACUACUACCCGUUUCGCUUCAACGCCUCUGCGACCGGGGAGAUGAUGCCGCCAUACAGCCGCGCUGAGUUGUACUCGAACGAGCCGACGGACUUCGAGGGCGGUGGGUAUGAGGAGAACCUGCGCAUGCAGGAGCAGGCGGCCGAGACGCAGGAGGUGCGUCAUCCAUACUUCACACCGCAUCCCCUUCCCCGCUAUCCACCGGACUCUCCGCCGCAGCAACAGCUUCAACAGCCUCAGCGGCCCUACUACACCGCAGAGAGGCCGUUUGGUUAUCAGGCGCCGCGGCCGCCAUCCGGGCAGCAGGAGGCAAUAGAGGCGGGAAGGGCAACGCCGCUCUUCUCGGGCUCCGCCGGCUACACCGACGCGUCGCUGCCGUCUACGCUACACGCCGUGUGCGAGCCGACCCGUGAGGCAUAUGAGCUGCAACGGGGAAUGGAUGUCGCGCGAGAAACACCGCAGGCAUUAAAGGUGCCGGCGGCUCGUGAGACCUCACCGGUGCGCACGACGCAGCAGCCGAUGGAGCAGCGUCGCCAGUCUUCCUCUUCAACGGACUACAAAACAUCUCGCUCAAAGCAGCGUAAGCAGCGGUCAUCUCCACCGUCGUAUCAGAACGCAGGGGCCGGUAAGAGUGUGGGAGAAGCAGAGGAUGCGCAGCAAGUUUAUACGGACCAGGCACCCAACCCGCUGCUCACCACCCAGCCUCCUCGUCCCUCGGCGACACAGGAGCACGAUGCAUCUUCUCCUGACACCUCAGCACCCCCUGACCCAGCAGCCGUCGCCACCGGUGGGCCUGGCUUCACCGCCGGUGAGCUGACAACGAUGUUGGAGGCUGCCAUACGGAGCUUCCAUACCGGCGAUCCCAUCGAGGAGCUGUGGUGCCCCGGCGGGGCACAGCUCUCCGUCUACGAUGCUGGCAUGAAGGAGCACUACUCAAUCCCCAGCGAGGAGGUCGCCCUCACACGCGGCGCCGUGAAGUACGUCUCUCUCUUCGCGCGCUACGGUAACCAAACCCGUUUCCGCUUUCAGCUGUGCAACCGCUACCUGCACCAUCGCUGCACCAGCGGUUUGGAGUGCCAGUACAUCCACAGCCACGUGCUCUCCAAGUCUACGCAGGUGCACUUGAAUGAGAACGGCAUCACGGCGAGCGGGGUGCGGGAGAUGAACACGGCAGAGCUGGCUGGUGGACACAACUUCCUCGGCUACCCAACAAUGGAGCGGGGGAUGGUCUUCGCGGUCUUCCCGCCGAACCAGCUGAACAGCGCGCCGCAGCUCAUUCCAUCAGAAAUGAUCCUCGUCACUGAGGGCGCGCUGCAGACGUACCGGACACUGAGCGCUGAGGCGGAGGGCGAGGGGCGCACGUCCGCGAGACAGCAGCAGCAGCAGCCACCGGCAGCUGUGACGGGUAAUGGGAACGGCGGUGGCGGGAGUGGCCGUUGCCUCACCAACGCAAACGGCGUGGAUGCCCCGAUCAUCCGCCCGCGCCACUGCGCGCACUUCCAGUUUAAGCGCAUGUGCAAUCUCGGUGCUGCUUGCCAUUUCAUACACACCUUAAUCCCAUUUGUGCAGGGGAUGGUGAACCAACCGCCGCUGCCCUGCGCGGUGAAUGUGGCGGCGCUGGACGAUCGCACCGCGGGCUUCGUGUUGCCGCAGCUGCUGCCACCUCCAGCCCAAAGCGACGGCGGCGGUGGUGAUCGGCAGGGCCGCGGCACUCCCGCGCCUGCACGGCGCAACAGCGCGAUGCAGUGUCACAUGGGCAGCAGCAACAAUCCUAGUACUAGCAUGGCUACUACUGCGAUGGCACCCGUCGUGUCCAGCGCUUCCACGACGACUCCACUACCCUGGUCACAGCCAGCACUGUAUCAAACCGGCUCAUCACUGAUCUCCGUGGUGGACGCAUCUACGCCGAUGGGUGCGGUGUUCGCCGCUUCUUACUCACAGAACGUGCCCGGCGAGAUGCCCACCACGGCGGGCAGCUCAACAGCGGUGUACGACGCGGCGCCCACACCGACCGCCUACCCAGGGUGGGGGACGAGCUACACAGAAAACACGAGCCUGUAUGCGGCGCCGGUCACGGCCGUGGCGCCCUUCGGCGUUGCUGGUGAUCGGCCCCCGUCGGUCGCUGAACAGCAGCAUAGAGUUGUUAUGGCGAAUGGGGUGUGUGGACUGCCGUCUGCUGCUCCGUUCACCCCGCAGGGGUACACGACGUACGGGAACGCUUCUGUGUCGUCGCCGCCGCCGCCGCGGCCUUCCAUGCAGCAGCAGUGCUUUUGA